UGUGCGUUGAGUGUUGAAAUUAAGCAGCAAUUUUUCGCUCGCUAAUUUUCAAUGGCCGUCGGCCGAAACUCCUUUUAGAAGCACUAGAUCUUGCAAAAAGAAAACCUGGGCACAUAUACACAAGUGAUCUGUUACACCAAGAAAAAGUCAUGGAAGAGGAAAUGCCUCUGGGUGCUGGGGAUGGUCCACCGAUCAGUAAUAAUGCUAACAAAAGAUUAUCCGUUGAAAGAAUUUAUCAGAAGAAAUCCCAGUUAGAACACAUUUUACUACGUCCUGAUACUUAUAUCGGUUCUGUUGAAAGAGUAACACAGCCAAUGUGGGUAUUUGAUGAAGAGAAAGCUAUGAUGAUACAACGAGAAGUAACCUUUGUGCCUGGUCUAUUUAAAAUAUUUGAUGAAAUUCUUGUAAAUGCAGCAGAUAACAAACAGAGGGAUGCUAACAUGAAUACCAUUAAAAUCAAUAUAGAUGCUGAAAAUAAUCAGAUAUCAGUGUGGAACAAUGGUAAAGGUAUUCCGGUGGUUGAACAUAAGACAGAGAAAAUGUAUGUACCAACUAUGAUCUUUGGUCAUCUACUUACCUCCAGUAAUUACAAUGAUUUUGAGAAAAAAGUAACAGGUGGACGAAAUGGUUAUGGUGCUAAAUUGUGUAAUAUUUUUAGUACUAAAUUUACAGUAGAAACAUCCUCUGGAGAAUACAAAAAAUGCUUUAGACAGACAUGGCAGAAAAAUAUGGGUUUCACAAAAGAGCCAACAAUCAAGGAUGCAAAGUCUGAUGAUUUUACAUGUGUAUCAUUCUCCCCGGAUUUAUCUAAGUUUAAAAUGGAAUGCUUAGAUAAAGAUAUAGUAGAUGUGUUUAGCAGACGUGCUUAUGAUAUCGCUGGUUCUACUAAAGGCGUUAAGGUUAUACUGAACGGCAAACGAAUUCCUGUUAAAAACUUCAAAGAAUAUAUUAAUCUAUUUAUAAAAGAUAAAGAAGAUGAAAACGGUCAACCAUUAAAGAUAGUUUACAGUGAUGUCAAUCCAAGAUGGGAAGUAGCACUUACUCUCAGUGAUAAAGGUUUUCAACAAGCUAGUUUCGUCAAUAGUAUAGCAACAACUAAGGGUGGCAGACAUAUUGAUCAUGUAUCAGAUCAGAUUGUAAAGAAACUGAUAGAAAUUGUACAGAAGAAGGAUAAAGGAGGAAUUAAGAUUAAACCCUUCCAGAUUAAGAAUCAUUUAUGGGUUUUUGUCAAUUGUUUGAUUGAGAAUCCCACUUUUGAUUCACAAACUAAAGAGAACAUGACUUUACAACCCAAGAGUUUUGGGUCCAAAUGUUCAUUAACGGACGACUUCAUGAAACAGGCUAGUAAAUGUGGUAUUGUGGAGAGUAUAUUGAGUUGGAUGAAGUUCAAGGCACAAACUCAACUUAACAAGAAAAGUGGCUCAAAAAACUCAAAGUUAAAGGGUAUCCCUAAAUUAGACGAUGCUAACAACGCUGGUACCAAAUCUUCUCAAUCCUGUACUCUCAUCUUAACGGAGGGAGACUCAGCCAAAUCUUUGGCUGUAGCAGGUUUAGGUGUGAUUGGACGUGAUAAAUAUGGUGUGUUUCCAUUACGUGGUAAACUUCUCAAUGUACGGGAAGCUUCACACAAACAGAUUAUGGAUAAUGCAGAAAUCAACAAUAUUAUUAAAAUAAUGGGUCUACAGUUCAAAAACAAAUACAAUGAACCAGAAGAUUUGAAAACAUUACGCUACGGAAAGCUGAUGAUAAUGACAGAUCAGGAUCACGAUGGUUCACAUAUUAAAGGACUUUUAGUUAAUUUUAUACAUCACUUCUGGCCUAAUUUAUUAAAAUAUAAUGUUGUUGAACAGUUUAUUACACCUAUUGUCAAGGCAUUUAAAGGUAAAAAUGAACAUGCAUUCUACAGUAUGCCAGAAUUUGAAGAAUGGCAAAAAGAAACACCCAACUUUCACACCUGGAAGAUCAAAUACUACAAAGGUUUGGGAACCAGCACAGCGAAAGAAGCUAAAGAAUAUUUCACAGAUAUUGAACGACAUCGUAUUAGAUUUAAGUAUGGUGGAGCAGAAGACGAUGCCUCCAUUACACUAGCUUUCAGUAAAAAGAAAAUAGAAGAUAGAAAAACGUGGUUAACAAACUUUAUGGAAGACAGAAAGAGACGCAAUGAACUGGGAUUGCCAGAGUUGUAUCUGUAUGGUAAAGAAACACAAAGGGUGACAUUUAAUGAAUUUAUUAAUAAAGAACUCAUUCUGUUCAGUGAAGUUGAUAAUAUCCGAUCUAUACCUUCUAUGGUAGAUGGGUUUAAACCAGGACAGAGAAAGGUCAUAUUUACCUGUUUUAAGAGAAAUAUCACAAAAGAAAUAAAAGUUGCCCAGUUAGCUGGUUCUGUUGGAGAACAUUCAGCUUAUCAUCAUGGAGAGGCUUCAUUGAUGGGAACAAUUGUGAAUUUGGCACAAAAUUUUGUGGGUUCCAAUAAUAUGAACUUACUGAUGCCACAAGGUCAAUUUGGUACACGAUUACAUGGCGGUAAAGAUGCUGCCAGCCCUCGAUACAUUUUUACUUAUUUAAAUCCAUUGACAAGGUUAGUGUUUAGUCCAUUAGAUGAUGCAUUAUUAAAACAUCUAUACGAUGAUAAUCAGAAGAUUGAACCCGAAUGGUACAUACCAAUAAUACCAAUGGUAUUAGUCAAUGGUGCUGAUGGUAUCGGUACAGGAUGGAGUACAAAGAUUCAAAACUUUGAUAUUAGAGAAAUCGUAGCAAAUCUGAAACGAAUGUUGGAUGGAGAUGAGCCAUUAAAAAUGCUGCCAUCUUUUAAGAACUUUAAGGGAACAAUAGAUGAACUAUCAGAGAGUCGUUAUGUAAUUAGCGGAGAGAUUUCUAUUCUUGAUGAUAAUACAAUAGAGAUAUCGGAAUUACCUGUUCGAGUAUGGACACAAAAUUAUAAAGAAGAUGUUCUAGAACCUAUGUUACAUGGUACAGAUAAAACAGAAGCUAUGAUCACUGACUAUAAAGAAUACCAUACAGAAUCAACUGUUAGAUUUGUAGUUAAAAUGACAACACAGAAAUUAGCACAGGCUGAAGCACAGGGUAUCCAUAAAGUUUUUAAAAUCCAGAACUCCUGUACAACUAACAGUAUGGUAUUAUUUGAUCAUAAUGGUUGUAUUAGACGCUAUGAUAAAGCUGAAGAUAUACUCAAAGAUUUCUAUGAACUACGUUUCAAAUAUUAUAUCAUGCGAAAGAAUUAUAUGGAAGGCAUGUUGGAAGCAGAAUCAAAUAAAUUAGAUAAUAUUGCUCGAUUUAUUUUGGAAAAGAUUGAAGGAACUAUUGUCAUUGAAAAUAAAAGAAAGAAAGAUAUUAUACAGAUGUUAGUUAGACAUGGUUAUGAUAGUGAUCCUGUUAAAGCAUGGAAGGCAGCACAAAAUAAAGGACAGGUUGAAGAGGAAGAAUCUCAAGAAUCACAAAGUGAAGAAGAUAUGGAUGGUCCAGAUUAUAAUUAUUUACUUUCAUUACAAUUGUGGAGUCUGUCUAAGGAAAAGAAAGAUGAAUUAUUAAAACAAAAAGAAGCAAAGGCAAAAGAAUUAUCUAUAUUAAAAACUAAAACCCCUUCCGUAUUAUGGAAGGAAGAUUUAGAGAUCUUCCUUACUCAACUUAAUGAAAAAGAACAACAAGAACGUGAUGAUGAAGAAGCCAUUAAAAAGAAAGGUGCUAGUAAAGGUGGUAAAUUAAAAUCAAGAACACUACAGUUAGAAACCAUGCCUUCACCACAUGGUAUUCGUGUUGUUCCUAGAGUUGAUUCCGCCAUUAAACUCAAAGCUGAAAAGGCAGACAACAAGAAAGGAAGUAAAAAGGUAUGGAUAAAUGCUAAUAAAAUUAACUAUUCGUUUGGAGAAUCAGAAGAUGGUAUCAGUUCCGACUCAGAUAAUGAUGAUGAAUUUAAACCAACAGAGAAUAACGAAAAUCAUUCUGAACCUGUUGUUCUACCAAGGUAA